CUAAUGAUGCAAGGGGCUCGUGCCCAGGGUGUCUGCCCUACGUAUUGUGAGAGUUUCGAUCCCAGUUUGUAUCUCUGUCUAGGAAUUUUCCGCACAAAAUUCCAAAUGCGGAGCCAGAUCCUCGGCCUGCCUCAGGCCGUGCCCUGGCGGGAAAUCCAACAAUGGUUGCCAUUUUCCCCGCCAGUUCCCAUCGCAGACUACAUUUCCCAGAAGCGCCCGCAAUUUCUAGGCAGCCCCUUCUUUUGCCUGCGGGACCCUCAUCGUCCGGGGACAGGAAAGUGUACGCUCUGCCCCUCCAGAGGUACCCAGUGGAGAAAGGAGGAAUGGCUGCGGACCAUGCCAAACAUAAGAAACAGGUGGCGUUCAGCGACGUGUCUCUGGACUUCUCUCAGGAGGAGUGGGCGUGCCUGGGCCCUGCGCAGAGGGCCCUGUACAAAGAUGUGAUGCUGGAGAACUACAGCCACCUGCUCUCAGUGGCAGGACUUCACAUUCCCAAGCCUCAGGUGAUCUCUUUAUUGGAGCAAGGCAAAGAGCCCUGGAUGGUUGGUAAAGAGCUUACGAGAGGCCUGUGCUCGGCUCUGGAGUCAAUGUGCGAAAGCAAGUUAUUAUCUCUAAAGAAGGAAGUUUAUGAACUAGAAUCCUGCCAGAGGGAGUUCAUGAGGCUUACGAAGCAAGGCCUGGACUACCCCGGUUUCAGAGAUGUCUUGGAAUGUGGAAGCCAGCUUCAAAAUGGACAUGGAAGCCAAGAGCCACUGGCCCGUGAGUACAUGCCCACGUUUGUUCAGCAGACUUUCCUGACCCUACAUCAGAUCAUUAAUGACGAGAAACCCUAUGAAUGUAAGAAAUGUAGAAAGGUCUUUACCCAGAACUCACAGUUUAUUCAACAUCAGAGAAUUCAUAUUGGUGAAAAGUCUUACGAAUGUAAGGAGUGUGGGAAAUUCUUCAGUUGUGGGUCACAUGUUACUCGGCAUCUGAAAAUUCACACUGGUGAAAAGCCCUUUGAAUGCAAAGACUGCGGGAAGGCCUUCAGUUGUAGCUCAUACCUUUCUCAGCAUCAGAGAAUACAUACUGGUAAGAAACCUUAUGAAUGCAAGGACUGCGGGAAAGCCUUUAGCUACUGCUCAAAUCUCAUCGACCAUCAGAGAAUUCACACCGGUGAGAAGCCAUAUGCGUGCAAAGUGUGUGGGAAAGCUUUUACAAAGAGCUCGCAGCUUUUCCAGCAUGUGCGAGUUCAUACAGGUGAGAAACCUUAUGAGUGUAAGGAAUGUGGCAAAGCCUUUACCCAGAGCUCAAAGCUUGUUCAGCACCAGAGAAUCCAUACUGGGGAGAAACCCUAUGAGUGCAAGGAAUGUGGGAAGGCCUUCAGUAGUGGCUCAGCCCUUACAAAUCAUCAGAGAAUCCACACUGGGGAGAAACCCUAUGAGUGCAAGGACUGUGGGAAAGCCUUCACCCAGAGCUCACAACUUCGGCAACAUCAAAGAAUCCAUGCUGGCGAGAAGCCUUUUGAAUGCCUUGAAUGUGGGAAGGCCUUCACUCAGAACUCACAGCUUUUUCAACAUCAGAGAGUCCACUCAGAUGAAAAACCAUACGAAUGUAAUAAAUGCGGAAAGGCCUUUAAUAAAUGCUCAAACCUUACCCGGCAUCUGAGAACUCACCGUGACGACAAGCCCUGUAGCUGUAAUGAAUGUGGGAAGACGUUUAGUAAUGAGUCAGAACUUAUUCGCCAUCAGGAAGUUCACUCUAAUGAAUGAUAAAAUUCAAGCUGGAGAGGUGCUCUCUGACAUUGUUGACUAGAUAUUUACAUUUUCAUCUGAAUUUUCUGACUAUAGGUUCUGAGUUCCAAGCCUACAUGUAUUGUCUCAUCCCACACCAAUGCUCCUUGCUUGGAGGUCUGCCUUCCUGUUGUUUAUGUUUGCUCAUAUUCAUAGGUCUAUCUUUUGUUGUCCAGACUGUUCCUGGUGCUUGUGCUCACAACACAGUGUUUUAACUGUGUAAGCGUUACUCAGUUAAGUCCCUCGUGGAGCUCCAGGGUUGGAUCUGAGGUGCUGCCGGCUGUACUGCUGUGUCCCAUGAGCUUGUUUUUACUUUUUUUUUAUUAUAAGUGAGGAAAAAGAGAAAAGUAGGAAUUCUGAAGCUCAGACAUGAGGAUGAACUGUGAUUGUAUUGAUUAUAGAUGACGACUAUCAAAUUGGUAGAACCAGUUUUGCUGAAUGUGUGGUUAUGGUAUCUGUGUUCUUCCUUCGUCUGCUUUUAUCAUGCUAAAAAAUCAUCUUUGUAAUUGCCUUUACAGCAGAUACAGAUUCUAAUUUUAAAGAUUUACUUAAUAACUUUUAAAUUACUAUUUUUCAUGUUAUGGUUGCUUCUGAAUUUUUGCAUUUAUAAAAGCUGUCUCCAUUAAUAUGACUCCACACUUACAUUUGGAUGUCUGAUGUUUUGUUUCUCUUAAAAUGAGACCAUUUAAUGCUGAAUUUACUUUCUCCUUGUAUGCUAUUUUGUUUACCUUUUCAUUGACCCUAUCCUAAUGUCAUACCAGAAAGGUAAUUACAGUUAGGAAAGUCUUAUUUUCCUGAUUUUUUUCUUACAUGUUACCAGUGUAUUUCCUCUUUUACAUAUUUAAUCAUAUGUAUGUAUUGGUUUGCUGUAAGAACUCAGUGAACUCAAAUAGAACUUAUAGAUCUGUUCCUAGCAUACAGCAUGGGUUUAAUAAAAGAUUUCUCUGUUGUCAUUUGUA